AUGCAUCCUUCACAUGAAUCUUGUUCACCGGGAAAGCGCAGUAAAGACGAUAGUCCCAGGAGCAUUGGUCAUGGUCAACAAGGAAGCCAUGUCGCAGCAAGCUGCUACUCACUGGGAUUUCCUCCUGACGAAGUGGAUGGCCUUGCCAAUCAAUUUUUCGAGAAUUUCACGUCCUUCCAGCUCUUUCGCGAACGUGAUUUCCUAGCUACCCUGCAAAAUAUUGAGACUGCAAGUCAGUGCAAGGCGCUUCUUGCAGCAAUCAUGAUUUUUGCCACCAAAGAUCAGGAUCAGUGUGACGACGGCAAUGUUUCUUCGGCCGUGACAACAGUUGCCCGGCGCCCGGACUUCAUCAAUCAAACCUUAAAAUACGUUGAUCAGGCCAUCUACGAAUGCGAAGAUAUGCCACUUUCCCUUCCUUUGCUCCAAACUGUGAUCUUGGUCGCACACUGGCUUCUUACACAAGGAGUGCGAGGCCGGGCCUGGAGAUAUUUGAGGGUGGCCAUUAGCAGUGCAUACGAACUCAAUAUGCACUUGAUAGAUGCAAACUGCCGCCAUUAUGACAAGAUCGAUCCGUCGCGAUGGGUUGAAGAAGAGGAACGCCGUCGAGCUUGGUGGGCGAUCUGGGAAAUGGACGCAUUUGCCAGCGUCAUUCGCCGUUGUCCCACGGGCAUCGACUGGUCUCAGAACGAGACUUUCCUGCCCUGCGAAGACCAUAAUUGGCAGCAAGGCGUGCCGCAGAAAAGCUGUACACUCAGACAAGAUAUCUUGGAGAGAUACAAAGCUCUCGAAGCCUCUGGGAACCAGUCUCCUAAGGCUUGGUUCAUUGUGAUCAAUUCGUUGAUGAAAGACGCUCAAAGUAUCACGAGCCCGAUCGGAGUUGAUACAGCACCAGCAGCCGAUGUGCAAUCCCGAAACAGACAUAAGGCACACGAAUUCAGGGAUGACGGCCAUGUUGGUCGUCGGGUCACCAUGGCUAAUAAGAACUCGUUAAGCCGACUCUGCACCAUUCGAAAUGCUCUGCAAUGCACUGUCAUGGCCCUACCAAAGCCUCACAGGUACCGGCAUCACUAUCUCAGCUUCGGUAUACGUGAACUGGACCGUCACGGAAUGAUCAAGAAACGACUCCAGCAUAGUUAUAUCUACAGCAUUCACGCCAUGGUCCAGUUAACCAAGCUUAUGAUCUACAAGUACCAUUUGUUCCAGGCCACCCCCGAAGAAAUCUCCCGGAGUAGAGAUAACCAACAUUCCAUCCAGUUGAGGCAAAGCCAGGCGCUUGAGCAGUACUCAGAAGCUACGGACGAGAUUGUUUUUCUCGUGAAUAGCAGCUACGAAGAGCACUACAAAUAUGUGAAUCCAUUCCUUGCGAAUACGAUCUGGUUAGCUGGUGCCGUUCAGCUCCUCUACCGUGAGCUCGCGCCACUGAGCUCAAGUGACAAAAGUCUGACCAAUUCCAAGUUGGAAGUUUUAAGCAUGUCGUACAACAGGUUCGUGGGAUACUGGAAUAUGUCAUCAACACUUCAAAAGAAUUUGGAGGUGGUUCAGAGCGAGAUUUUAAAUAUUCGGAAAGAGAUAGGAGAGAAGCACGCUGAUGAUGGCCUGAGAACAAACCAACCUACACCGCCGAGAACUCCUGUCAGCAGGCCCAGUUCCAGGUCUGCAAUCCCCCAGGGCUGCGACCAAUUCAAUCAGGGGAGUACAGGAAGCCAUGGCACAGCGAGCGAUUUCUCGGAAUGCUAUCCUCAACGCCGGGCAAGUACUUUAAUCGCACAGAGACCUGGGCUAUCUGCGAUCGCUGCGGGAAGCAUUCGGCCUCAAAACGUCACGCAUGGCUUCGACUCGAUCGAUCCCUGCACGUAUGGCAACGGCCCAAUGACAUUCCAAGAAACUACUGUACAACAAACAGCACACUGCGGCAUUGCAGAUGGUCAAAUCGAGCCUUUGAUCGAUUCUACUUCCACCGCGGUGCAGCAAUUACCGAUGUUGGUAGACAGCGUGCAAGCCAACGACCUUGUUCGACAGAGCAAUUCGCUCUCUUUCGCCAACACCAACGAGACUCAAUCAGACUUGUCACCCGAUUUUCUUAGCGAAUUGUAUUUCCCCACGGACUUGAUAGGCUCCAGCAACCACCUCUCAAACUACUUUGGGGAGAUACUCUCGGGCGGGGGGAUGGUUUGA